AUGUCCAACAACACAACAGAGGCCUCCAGCAACGCUCCCCGAGCCCUCCUAGGCCUGUUCCUGGGAAGCAUCUCCCUGAUCACCAUUGUCAUGAACAUCCUGGUGCUGUGUGCCGUGAGAACAGAGAAGAAGCUGCAGACCGUGGGCAAUUUAUACAUCGUGAGCCUCUCCAUCGCCGACCUGAUCGUGGGGGCGGCCGUCAUGCCCCUCAACAUCGUGGACCUGCUGAGCCCCCAGUGGCCCCUGGGGCUGGCAGCCUGCUUGUUCUGGCUCUCCAUGGAUUACGUGGCCAGCACGGCCUCCAUUUUCAACCUCUUCAUCCUGUGCAUGGACCGGUGGCGCUCGGUGCAGCAGCCGCUCCGGUACCUCAAGUACCGCACCAAGAUGAGAGCCUCGCUGCUCAUCCUGGGGGUCUGGCUGCUCUCCUUCACCUGGCUCAUCCCCAUCCUGGGCUGGCACGUCUUUGCCAACAACGGGAACAGGACGGUGGAGGAGAACAAGUGUGAGACGGAGUUCUUCGAGGUCACCUGGUUCAAAGUGCUGGCGGCCAUUCUCAACUUCUACCUGCCCUCGCUGCUGAUGCUGUGGUUCUACUGCAGAAUCUUCAGGGCUGUUCGAAAGCACUGCCAGCACCGAGAGCUCAGCAAUGGGUCCUACUGGUCCUCCGUGGAAAAAAACACCACUCCUCAGGCCAAGAUGAAGGAUGAGAAAAAUAUUUGCCUCCAGGAGCAAGUCUUAGGUGGGAACACCCCCACUGCAGACAAGCAAAGCUCCCCAGAGCCCAAAAAUGUGGAGGCAGGGCUUAAUUUCAGCCAUCCUGACGGGGCUUCAAAGGGCCUGAGUAACGGGAAGGUCCUGAAGUGGAGCUGUUUCUCUCUCACCACAGCCAAGCCCGAGCCUGGCUUGGAUAAAGCAGGGAAGAGGGGGGAGUGUGCCACGAAAAAACCUGGGAAUCAGGAGCAGCCUGGCUGCCAGGACAGUGACUCCAGCGGGGCAUCAGACAACCACACCUUCACUGAGGUGGCCCCACGGGCUGAGCCCAGCCCCAGAGGAGCCCGCUGUCCUCAGGGAAGGACAGAGCGCAGGGACUCCAAGGGAAUGACAUUCCUGAGGAAAACCUGGCACACCCUGCACAGGCACUCCAGGAGCAUCCACUGGCACGGGAAUAGGGAGAGGAAGGCAGCCAGGCAGCUGGGGGUGAUCAUGGCAGCCUUCAUGCUCUGCUGGAUCCCCUACUUCGUGCUCUUCAUGGUGAUAACGUUCCACGACCACAAACAGCUCUCAGAACUGCACAGGUUCACCAUAUGGCUGGGCUACAUCAACUCCACCUUAAACCCAUUCCUCUAUCCUCUCUGCAACCACAAUUUCAAGAAGACUUUUAAAAAGAUCCUUCACAUUCAUUGA